ACAAAAUCGAAAAGAUUCACCUAGAUUAGACAGAAAAUGUCAAGAGCAAGUGUUCCCGAUUUGAAAAAGUAUCUGGACAAACAGGUUUUUGUUCAAUUGAACGGUUCGCGCAAAGUAUAUGGUGUUUUACGUGGUUACGAUAUCUUUCUGAACAUUGUGCUUGAAGACACGACCGAGGAAAAAGCAGAUGGUGAAAAAGUCAAAAUUGGGUCUGUUACGAUUCGCGGAAAUUCUGUUAUUAUGAUAGAGGCACUCGAAAAGAUAUCCUAAAAAAUAGAGAUAGAAUGCCAUCGUUCGUAUUGAAUGGUUUUCUGCAUGAUGCAUAGAAGUCUUCCCUGCUAGAAUUUAAGAAACGAAAAAUUUAUCAGGUUUCAUUUAAAAUACUCAACUCGUCAUUCAUAUAUAGGACAGCUGAGAUUCGACCAAGUCAAGCGCAAGAAGGGCAAGUACUUUAGUUCAAUCUUUUAGUCUCAGUGAUAUUGUAUAUUUUUUUGAGAAUGGAUAUGUUUGCCAUCCGUACAUGUUGCAGUUUCUUAGAUCCAGGACAGGAUGAAUGAAAAUAUGGUUCAGCAUAAAGUUUCAAUGAAAUGUCAUUGAAAGGAAUACAAAUGCAAAAAAAAAAUCCUUUAUAUCAUUGAUGGAAACCAUUGAACACAGACUCAAACAUAAAC